UGUAAGCGUAAAGUUGGUUACUCUGUGGUUUUGGUUAAUUUUCAUUAAUCUAAAAAAAUGAUUCAAUAAAAUGUACUAUGUGAUAUUUUCUAUUCAAAAUAUUGAAUAAAUGAUGGGCGAAUGGAAUUGUUAGUAAGGGUAACCCAAUAUUUAUUGAAAAAAAUACCUAAUUGAAUUAUAUUCUUCUCAUCCAAUAUAACCAAGAUUUUCGAAUAAAUUCCAAAGUAGUUAAUAAAAUAAAUGAGAAAUGGAGCACGAUACUUACUGCCAUGAAUGUAAAAGAGAAUAUAGCGGAGUAAGCAAUUUAAGAAGACAUAUAAAGAAAUUCCACCCAGAAAUUCCUCCACCUUAUCAAGAGAAGAAGGAUUACCCUUUUACUUGUGAAGAAUGUGGUAAAAACUUCAGUUAUAUGAGAAACUUUAAAAGUCAUAGAAAAUCACAUUUACCUCCUGAUCAAGUAGUUGAAUAUAAUAAAGCUAAAAUUAAAAAACGGUGUCCUAUUUGUGAAUACUCGGAUUGGGAUAGAAGAGGACUAUUCCAUCAUUUUCGAGAAGAACAUGAAAUAGUUAUACUUCCUGAGCAUAAAGACUUUGCAGAUUUCGAUUCUUUUCUUGAAUGGAAGAAAUUGUAUGAAAAUGAAAACAAGAGUCUCUUUAUCAAAAGGCAUGAAGCAAGUACAGCAAAAUAUGAAAGUACAAUGAUUUAUAGAUGUCAUAGAUCUGGAUAUUAUCAACCUAGAGGAAAGAACAUAAGACGAUUGAAAACUCAAGGAAGCUGUAAAAUAGAUGGCUAUUGCCCUGCUACUAUAAAGGCGAUGAAACAUAAAAAUGGAUCUGUGAAAGUUAUGUUGUUUGCCACUCAUGUGGGACAUAAUGAGGAUCUCCCACCACUCACAGUAUCUAAACAAGAAAAACGUGAAAUCAAAGCGAAUGGUAAACUUAAAAGUAUCAGAUUACGUCAUAAAACUAGCUUGACCCUACAGAAGGAUUUGAUUGUUAAAACUAAUCAAGGUUGGCUGUUUCCAUCUUGUAAAAGUGGAGAGGUAUAUUGUAUAACAGCAAAAGAUUUAGAAUGUCAGUGUGAAAUUAACUGUUCUGAAUGUAAAGUCUGCAUUCAUAGGUACUCAUGUACUUGUUCCGAUUCUACAAAAAAAGGUAACAUGUGCAAGCAUGUCCAUUUGUUAUGCCAGCCUCAUAAAACGGAAGAAGAAAUGUUGCAGCAAGAGCAGUUGCAGCAGGAGGAACUCCAAGAACUAAAGAGUGAUCAGAUAACUGAACAUUAUGAACAAUUACAACAUGAACAACUUCAACAUGAGCAGCUUCAGAAUGAGCAGUUGCAACAUGAACAAUUACAACAUGAUCAACUACAUACUGAAGAUCUUCAACAUGACCAAUUACAGCAUGAGCAUCUUCAACAUGAACAGCUUCAGCAUGAGCAUCUUCAACAUGAACAUCUCCAGCAUGAUCAACUGCACCAUGAGACACUACAGGCUCAACAUCAUUCGGGACAUUCAGAUGAUGAGCUCAUAAUUUAUGAAGGUCUUCAUCCCGAUGAUGAUACUGAUAUGCAAGAUUUAGCAGAUCAUCAUCAACAUAUUCAAAAUAUGCUGGAAGAUCGUAAGCAGUCGAUUCUAAAUAAAUUGAACGAUGUUCUGCAACGUUGCAACAACGAAAACCUCCUCCGUGAGAUCGAGAUGUAUGUUAUUCAGUUAGAUGCUAGAGUGGAAUGCGGAGUUUUGGCAGUUCCACCACUUGUGCCCCUUCCUAAUACACCUGUAGCAGUGGCUGUUGCUACACCUUUAUUGGAAAUUUCCUCUCCUAAAAGACAAAAGGCGGUGUUGACGGAGUUGAAACAAUCAAAACCUAUCAUCAGGUUUCAAGCAAACGAUUUGUUCAGACAUUUAUAGUUCAGGGUUAUUCCAGAGGAGGUAGUGAUUACUUCUGAACUGGAAAAUUGUACAGAGUGAUUUUGAAUCUUAUCUACCAAGAUGCAAUUGUAGCAGUAAAACUUUCAUGCAUUCUACGAUUGGUGUAAUAAAGAAAUUUGGUGUAAUUGUGUACUGUUCUUAUACAAAUUUUAAAAUGUUAUUGAAUGUUCAGCUUGGGCAAAACGCCAUCACAUAUUGUAAUUAUAUUAAAUUAUUUUAGAAUAAUUAAAUAAUAUCAAAUAUAUUUUCCUAUUGUAUUGCAUUUA